CAAAACCCCACCACUUGCCACACCACGCCGAGGUCUGCCGAGUGACAAGAGCCGACCUGGACUACUCUGCGUUGCCGGGAGCCGCAUCUCGGGAAGCAUGUCGUCUCCCAACAGCACCUCUCGAGACACUGCUCUCUCGGGAGACAAACGUCCAUGGAUGCAUACAAUCCCCCGAAAACCCCUCUCGCAGACGAGGACCGCCUACACUCCAGUUUCGAAUCCCCUACGAGAUGAAGAGAUAGACACACAACCUGAAGAUGCCCAAGGGUGUCAACAUCCGACUCAGCAGGAACCAUCAUUCAGUUACAGCCGCUUCACAAAUAUCAACGACGUUACGAGGGCCGAGACGUACAAAACAAACGACACGGGCUUCAACAGCUUGUUCAAGAGCCCGGUCACUGUCAGUGUCAGUGAUGAUGGCGAUGGCGAUGGCGAUGGCGUGGACAAGGUGAUUGUCAAUCGGAAAGCAACUUGGCGGCCGCAGUGGCUUCGUCCAGCUGUGCUUACCCUGUUUGUCUGCUUCUUUGUCCUUUUUACCGCCGCUCUCGCCAUUAUGCUGCACUACUCGCGGAGGAAUAACGGACUGUUUCAAACCGGCCAGAGCCUGGUCCACGUUUACGUGUGGCGCUUUGGCCCAACUGCCAUCAUCACCAUACUGUCCGUGUUGUGGGCAAGGGUCGAACUACAGGCCAUGAUGUACGUGCCUUGGUUCGCUCUGCGCCGACAACAGCCGGAUGGCAGGGUCGCCAUGUCGAUUGACUAUCUGUCAAUGCUCUCCCCCGCUGUCUUCAUUCGCUCCAUCCGAGAGAGGCACUACCUUGUUUCACUGGUGACGAUAGUCUCGGUGGUUUUGAAGGUCCAGAUCAUUCUUGCCCCUGGUCUGUUCAGCUUCGCCACAGUCAAGAUUCCCGCCAGUGUUGGUGUCCGCCUCCAAGACUCUUUCGCGCGAGUUCUGGACGACGAAGCCGUGAAGCAGACAGACACGAGCGCUUGGUAUAUGGGCAGAGCCCUUCGGAACUUCGACAUGCUCUAUCCCUUUGGAGUGACGGACGAGAUUGCCUAUCAAACCUUUGCGCCAAUGAACGGAAAAUCACGGGGGACCAUUGACGAGCCCGUGACCGCCGUCGUGGAUGGCUUUUUCACCGACCUCGACUGCCUACAACUAGCGGGCUGCUCCAUUUCCAAACAGCUUCUGGAAAAUAGCAAGCUUGACAUCUACGUCGACCUACAUUUUCAAGGCUGUGACGGGCCCAUCAGCCUCCGACAUGCGGGAGCCAUUCUCAAUCCUGCUAAAGGUAACAUCACCUACUGGGCCAUCAAGUCCAACCAGACGAGGGCAUGCCCCGGGUUGAGACAGGAUGUACCGCCGUUCCUGUACUACAGCGCAGUUUUUGUGCCCACAUUAUCCAACUCCUCUCGUAUCCGGUUCGAGAGUGCCGGUGCCGUGCUUUGUGAGCCGCGUGCCUGGCUAUCUAAAGUCCUGGUGACUGACGACGGAGUUGCCCCGAGGGUAACUCUGCUACAAAACCAGACGAGAACGCCAGUCCUGACCAACAUAUGGACCUUGAUCGACAAGUCCGUGCCGACAUCUCAAGGUCAAUGGGACACCGAACCAACCACCACCACUUAUGUGAAAGGACCGGUCAGCGCCGCCAAAGCCUUUGCAGGGGAAGUGCUGCAACAGGGGAGGAAGGAGGAUCCGACGCUCUACUCCAACGAGGCCAUUUAUGGCUCCGUCAUGAAUCUCACUCGUUCCCUCGGCCCCUUGUUGGGGCACUACCGACUUCGAGCAAAGGAAGACUCUGCAGCCGUUGGGUCGACCUUGCGGAGUGUCGAUCGUCUGAUGGUAAAUCAGUGGACUUGUCUGUCGAUGAUUGCUUCGUUCUUGCUAGUCGCAUUCAUCACAGCCCUUUCGCUGUUACGGUAUAGACAACAGACAUCCUUUUGGUACCGAAAUCCCGCGACGCCUCUUGGCAACCUGAUCUUCCUGCGAGAUCAUCCUCAGGUUGCUGCUGGUAUUUCCAGCCCGGCAGCGGAAAGCCGCAGUUGGGUUCGUUGCAGCUUCACACCGAUGGUUCUGAGGACAUGGGCGCGGCUCUCGUUCGGCUUGUACGCUUUCCUUCUCAUGGGAGGUCUGCUUCUUACGCUUCGCCUUUCAACUUCAUCCGACGGACUCGCUACCAUCGAAAAGGAGGGCUACCUACACGUCACUUGGACUUCUCUCCCGGCUCUGAUAGCGCUCGGGGUGUCUCUUUACAUCAGCUCAUGCGACUGGGCCUACAGAGAUCUCGGAAACCUUUACCGCCUCUCUAGGAAGCCCUGUCGCUCACGCGAGCUCGACAGUUCCCUCUUGGACAUGAUGGGUCUAAGGGCCUUGUAUCACUCUGUUCGGCUGAGGUUGUGGUCCAUCACAUGCUCGCAGGUCUUGGCGCUGGUUUGCGGCGUCUUGACCUCCCUCGCCUCAGUCUUGUUCACCGUAGAAGUUAUGCCAAAGGCAACAACGGUCCAGUUUCAACAAAAGACGGUGUUUCGGAUACGAGAUGAUAUCGAAUACAGCGAAAGCUACGAGAUUAAGCAAACGGAAAUAGCCACACUUCUCCUUCAGCGAGAAGCUAACGUGACGUACCCGAAAAACACGUUUGACGAUCUGGUAUUUCCUGUUUUCGAGAGCAUGGAGACCUUGGACACGUCUAGAAACCUGUCGGUCACCAUCAACACACCCGCGCUGAAGCUGCAGCCUAGUUGCCUUGAGGUUCCCAGAGAGGCGUACCGACUCACAUUCCGGAACUACACGGAAAGUGGCAGGACGUGGUUCUACUCUGACUACAACGAGCAUACCCCUUGCCCCAGUGGCGAUGAAGUGGUCAACAUCACGGCGGAAUUCCCUUUGGGCGAGGCGAGCUUGUUCGGCAAGGCGUACGCGGCUUCUGAUGUCAGAAGCAUAUACAACCCGGCAAAUAUCAACUUCCAGUGCAAGCUCAACGACACGAGCUUGAAGAACUACACAACGAUCCUACACUACACGUACGCCUGGGGGGAGUUCUCGGUAGCAAGGAACGACUUUGACUGGUUCUCCGUCUGGAGAUGCAACUACACCUGGGCCGAGCUGGAUACACAACUGAACAUGAUAGCAUCCGACGGCGAAUUUGUCAUUGACCCGGAGAACCCUCCAAGGCCGGAUUACUCGAGUGUGAGACCCUUGGAAUCGCCUCUCGACCUGCCUCCGACAGAGCGCGCUCCUAAUGGGCCCUUCGGACUGCUUCCGGAUAUCCGGAUCUCUGACAAGCAAUCCAUCGGCGUUGCGUCCGUCUUCAAGCCCCUGGUCGAGCCCUACGGGCCAUUGCCAAAGGAGGCUCUGGGAGACCCCGACCGGGUAGGGGAAAUCCUUGGACUGUUGGGCCACGACGUCGGCUUCAGCGUCGCGCAGCUCGCCAACACGGAGAACCGAAGGAUGAUCGACGACGUCCUGGACACGACGAGCGGGGCUCUGCUCCUGGACGCGACAGUCGUGGACCGUGACCGGCGGCGACUCGUGCAGGACCCAAACGUGACGUACUUCGUGGUCGGGAUUCUGGGCGCCGUAAUCCUCGUCAACAUGUGGGCGCUGGCGUCAACCGUGCUGCGACGGCGCGGCAGCGAGAGCUGGCUGCUGGACAUGGACGUCCGGGGCCUGGCGCCGGACGGCUGGCGCAGUAUCGCGUCGAUUGCGGGCUUGCUGCGCGAGUCCAACGCGUCGGCGCACCUGCCGCCGAGCACGGAGCUGCUGUCACAGAAGGAAUUGCACGGGCAGAUGUCGGACGUCAGCUUCCGACUGGGGUGGUUCCGCAGGGAGUGCGACCAGACGCGGCAUUACACGAUUGGCGUGAUGGACGAUGGGGAGUUCAACUUUAUGGGUGUCCGGAGGACGGUGAGGAGGGAGAAGACGGAUUCUCUGACCCAGGAGAGGGUGGAUGGGUGGAUUUAG